AUGGCCGGUGCCCAGAAACACACCUCCACGCAUCCCGCGGUGCCGCCAGAACGACGCACCGCCGCUCACGUCAAAGUGGGAUCCAAGACUACUCCCAAACGCUACGCGCGCUCCGGCGUUGGGCCGUUCACCCUCUGCAACCGUCUUACAGCCAAGCAAGCCUACGACCAGCUCUCGGUAGACAUGAAGGACGUCUUCAGCAGCUCCAUGCCAUAUGCGCUGUUCUUAAACAAGUUUCAUCCUGCUCGCUCCGACCGGCCGCCUUUGCCUAAGCUCAAGUUUGCGGUUCUGCUGAACAGCGAGCUGAAACUGAAGACUCCGGGAUACCAAAAAGGGCCGGGCAAAGAUACCGUCUCGGACGUCUGCCACGCCAUCAACGUCAGCGGGGUCUGCCCGUCCAUCGAGUUUAUCAGCACCGAGAACGUGUACAUAAACAUGGACGGGAGUCUAGCUGAAGGCGAUCCUCAAGAUAAGUUGAAGGUAGACGCCAGCGGCAUGGCCAAAACUGCAAACCCGACAGGCGGUCAACCCUCGGUCAUCAUCACUCCCAAGUGGGAGCGUAUGCGUGUCACGAUGGAGUUCAAGCUCUUGGUGGAGGAUGUUGUAGUGGACCCGGACACGGAGGUGGAGGAAGCUGUGAGGAAGCUGCAGGGCGUCGUUCAUCAAGCCGAGAAGGCUCACCUUGCCCGCGGUCAGGCGUCGACCUACGUGCUUCACCAGUUCGGUCGUCAGUCCCGCACUUCCGUCACAUCGAUCCUCAUUCUCGAGAACUGGGCCCGCUUACUCCGCUACGAUCAUGCCGGAGUUGUGGUUUCCGAGCGCUUCGACUGGCGCGCCAAUGACGGCGAGCUUCUGGCCGACUUCCUCUCCCGCCUCGAGCACGGUACGCCUCAGGACGAGGGCAUCGACGACUCUGUCGGGGAUCUCUCCGCUUUCGGCGGUGAAGACUCGGAGGUCGUCAAGGACGCGCGCAAGGCCAUGCAGGAGUUCUCGGAUGGCAUGAUCGCUGUGCCCAUCACCGACGACGCUCCGCUCCGCUCGGUCGAGUGCUGGGACGACAGUCAGCUCGGCGACGAUGGUCUGCCCAAGUCUCGGACGCUCAUCGCCACCCAGCCAUUAGGGCUCAACUUCUCUAUCGUCGGUCGUUACACCGUCAGCUUCAUCGGCUACGACGUUGAGGAGCGUUGCGCGUACUGGGUCAAGGACUCGUGGCCGAUCAACGACCCGGAGUUCACGAAGGAGGGCGAGAUAUACAAGCGGUUGAAGGACGCGGACGUUCCUCAUCUCGCCGAGAUCGAGUGUGCCGGCGAAGUUCGCUGGAAGGCGGACAAGACGGUGCAGAGGACCCGGACGGACGAGUUCGCAAAGGAAGGAUGGUCGGGACUUACCGCGAACAUCCACCCGCUUUCCCACUAUCGUAUCCUGUUCAAGGAUAUCGGACGCCCCGUCAGCAAGUUCCAGUCUACGCAACAGCUGGUCACCGCUCUCUCUCACGCGGUCAAGGCUCACUCCGUCGCAUACGAGAAGGCCCACGUUCUACAUAGGGACAUCUCGCCCAACAACAUCCUCAUCAAGAGGAACGGCGACGGGAUGCUCAUUGACUGGGAUCUCGCCCUCUUGUACGGCAACCUCCAGAAGGACAUGGCCAAUCGCAGGCCUCGCAUGCUAUGGAGAACUGGAACGUGGGCAUUCCUUUCCAUCUCUCUUCUUCCGUUUAGCAAGACGCACGAGCUUUGCGACGACCUCGAAUCCUUCUUCUGGGUCCUGCUCUACGUCGUGCUUCGCUACCGAUACGGACCUGUCAAGUGGCUCGAACCUACGAGCGACGGAGCAUUCCAGAAGUAUAUGCUCGAACUCUUUGAGUCAAAGUCGAUCGAAGAUGGUGGGAUCACGGUCGGGGGGUCUCAGAAGCGGCAGUUCCUGCAGGAGGCGGAUGGUCAUCUUGAGCGGACAGACCUCAAGACGAUGAAGGACGUCUCCGGGAAACCCAUGCCUACUCCUCUCCGAGAGUUGCUCCUCACCCUUCGCGAUGAGUGGGACAACUUCUACAAAGCUAUGCGUGCGCAUGAGAUUGCUGAGCGUGAUGCGGCCGCGGACGCUGAGAAUGCUGCAUACGAUGCCGAGGCGGCUGAGGAGGACGAAGACGACGACGACGAAGAUGCCGACGCACUCCCCGAGCCACCGCGGCCCCCUCAAGUCACACAAUCAUCUUCAUCACAUCUGACGACUCGCAUGGCGCCUACCCUUUUCGACACAUCCACGUACCUUCUUGAGCGCUUCGAACGCGCUGUCGCAGCCAAGUGGCACCGCCGCCCUGUGCCGGAUUCGUCUAUUGAUCGCUUUCCCUAUAUCCACCUUCCCGCAACGACGCGCCAGAGCUUGCAAGAGAAGGCCCCGCCGAUUCCCGCGACGCGCAGUGACAACCCCCAGCACAGGCGCGCGGGCGAUCCGUCCAACAGCCUGCACGACCGGCCGACUCGCGAAGAGUUGGCGGAGUCCGCGCGGGCACGGGCGGGCGGCGACUUCUACACGCUCCCUUUACCCGCGCGCUCGGAGUCUCCGCGCGGGCAGAAGCGGGCGCGGGAGAGCGCGCUGGAGUCCAUUCCUGAGGAGAGGGAGCCCAAGGUGGCCAGGUACGAGGCGCAGACGAUCACUCUGAAGCGUCAAGACGCCGGCCCGCCUAAUGAGGUCUUUGUCCGCGACGCGGAGGAUAACUUCGUUAAGGAUGAAGAAGGGCAGCUGAAGGUUACCGAGGCCUGGAGUGCCCAAUUCUGA